AUGAAUACAUAUCAUGGCCAAGAUACUCUUAUUUCUUAUUUAAAAAAGCAUAGCAAUAAAUUAUAUCGCAGAUUCUUAUAUAUAAACUAUGAUGUUAUUGUUGCUUCAGUAACUUCAAAUCUCAAGUGGAAUAAUCUUGACAAUGCUUGGGCUGGUAAUUAUAUAAGAGAAGCAGAAAAGAUUUUUGUGGAUCAUCAACAAGUUGUUGAAACACUAAAAGAAAAGUUAAAUAUAGAACGUUUAAAAUAUAAAAAGGAAUUACAAGCAUAUUGGCAAGGAAUCUUCCUGAAACUUCUAAAAAAAAAUAAUAAAAGAAAUAAUGAUGGCACUGAUAAUUUAUUUACUGAAAUUAAUGAAAACAUUAAAAGAAACUAUGAUGAUGAUACAAAUAAUUUAUUUAUUGAUUAUAUGUCAAAGAAAAAUGAAAAUCCCGAAACUUUUCAAUUAAACCAUGAAAACAUUAAAAGAAACCAUGAUGAUGAUACAGAUAAUUUAUUUAUUUACAUUAAAAAGAGACAAAAACAAAAUGGAGAUCAUAUGAAAAUAGCUGAUGAUAUUCUUCAUAUUUCUUUGGCAUAUGAAGAUCUCAUUUCAGGCAAUAUCAUCAACUUUACCAAACUUCUAAAAGAAAUAUUAUUAACAAGGUCACGAAGAUCACUAUCUUCAGCAAAUGAAUCAGUUCUUCAAGUAACUGUAGAACUCCUUUUGCCAUCAAGAUAUCGUGUUCCUGAACUUUGCUUAAUAAUGAAUACUGCAGUAAAUAAGGGAAAUGGUAAAUUUGGUUUUCUUGAUGUUUUUAUCCUAGGAGAAAGCUAUGCUAAUUUAGAAUUAAAAUAUAUUCCACUAAUUUGGUUAAUUAGCAAUAUUAAUGGAAAACAAGCAAAAGAUUUUAAUGCAAAUGAAUUGGAAGAAUUAGAUAAAAUACUUGAAAGAGAAGAUGAGGAUACAUUAUUAAAAAGACAAUAUAGAUAUUAUGAUAAAGAAACUAAUAAAUAUAUUUACACAACUAUAAAUGAUGUAUUGAAUGAUGGAACAAAACAAUUAGAAAGGUAUACAAAAAUAAUUGCAAAAGGAAAGGCAAAUAAAUAUUCUGCAGGAGUAUGUGAUGAACGAAUUAAGAUAAUUAAUUCAAAUCCUAAUAAGUUGAUAGGGUUUGUUAUUGUAGUAAUAGGAUUUCGUCGAAUAAUAUGGAGAUCCAUUGAUGAAAAAUCAACUAAUUAUAGAUAUAUUAAGAUUAAAUAG